ACGUCGUUACUAUUGACGCCGUAUUUUACUAAACGUCGACAUUUCAAUCUUGGAGAACUGUGUGAGGGUGUGUUUUAUCUUCACGGAUACCUGAAAUGCAUGUCGAUAGCUAUACCUGGUCAAGAGUAUAAAACAAUGAGCUCAGUGGAAACACAAGUGGACAUCUCGGACCCCGAGGGAGUUUUGGGAGUGAUCCGGUCUCUACAUGGUCAGCUCCAGGACCUACAAAAUGUCAACCAGGAAUUACUCCAAGGACGGGAGGAUCGGAUUCAAACCAGUGCAGAUCUAAGCAAUCAAGUCUCAGAGAGAAUUUCUGAUUUACUGAAUACAGCCGAGACCAUGGAAAGGUCAAUAAGCGAAGACGGUUCCGCGAUUUCCUCAACAGACCAGGAGCUGCAAGACCUUCUGAACGAAAAGGAAAGACUUGAAGCCAGAGUUGGUGGGCAGGUGCAGGCUUUAACUGAUAAGGAUAUCGCUAACGAGGAAAGAUUAAGUGGGUUCGUCGCAGAAGAACUUUCCAGAAAAAUAGAAGAACUCUCAAAUCUUCAAGAUAGACUUGCAAGUGCACAAAAAGAGUUCAGGAGCGAAUGGGAACAGUUAAAGGUGGAAAUCCAGCAGUAUGAGGCAGAGAAAUCUAAAUAUGAGGAUACAGCAAAUCAUCUGGUAGAACUACAACUGGCAAAGUUUGUCGGCGCUCAUUCAGGGUCAGACGGUUCCAGCGGCUCUCUUAUCAAGAGAAUAGUUACUCACCACCUUAACCAGUUAACCCAAACAGAUCUCAGGAAACAGUUAACAGAAUCGCGUAUGAAAGAGAAGGAUCUAGAGAAUGAGAUAGGUGACCUUGUAAAACAAAAGCAGCAGCUUUGGAAGCGAUGUCUUGACCUUGAAAGUUGUCUCGAGGAAAUACAAGAUACGUCAGACGACACUGUCAUGCUCCGACCGGCAGCAGCAUUCACUAACCUUCCUGAUGUUUCUGAAAAUAAAGUUCUUUUUCCCGAGACGAGUGACCUUGACCUUUCAGCAGACGAUAACCAUGGACUAAUGCUCCAUAGAUGUCACAAGAAAACUCACUUGGUAGUUGAACUAUCUGCUGAAGAACGCGAGGAGGCCAAAGCAACAGUUCAAGCAGACGUCGGUCCUACAGACACCGAAAACUUGUCGCUUGCUGGCCCCGCAGACACUGAGCAAGUGUCGCACAUUCAGGAAACACAGGAACCAAUCACUUCAGCAGCAGACGACAGUGGGCAGGAACCGGAGGAAGAAGAAGAACGGCCACAAGACGAUACAUCCACUCAGACAAAGCAUGAUUUAGAGUCGGUCGUUGAAGCACCAAAGACAGAGGAAAAGACGAGACCAACAGCCCAAAUAUUGACCGACGAUAUUACACAUGCAACAGGCCAUGCUGAAGACAUCACAUUUAUUAACAAGCUCCGGAAGCGAGUCGGUCUUAGCGGAAGAAGCUCUUCAUCACAGAGAAUAAAAGGAGGGGCACCAAAACUUGCAGCUUCCGGUUCAAUGCGGCAUUUUUCUCCUAGUAACUUCCUGAAGAGAAAACGAUAAUAUCUAAUAUUUAAAUAUAACCGUGUGAAAAUGUUA